GUGCUUGAAUCGAUUGGCGGUAACAUCACGACAUUUAAUAUAAAUUUGAUAUUCUUAUUUAGAAUUAGCAUGCCAAAUGCCGGAUUGAUUUGGGGGGGUGGGUUGCAGCUCCUGGCACGCAAAACGAAUCCGUCAGUCGUUCGGGGUGGUCGCUUGUUAAAAAAUGGAAAAAUGGCAGGGUAAAGUGGCCGUUGUUACUGGUGCUAGUGCUGGAGUUGGGGCUGCGAUCACCAAGGUGCUGGUCCAGCAUGGUUUGAUGGUCGUAGGUUUGUCCAGGAGGAUUGACAGGAUCGAAACUUUGGCCAAAACUUUCACUGAAGGCACCGGUAAGUUGUAUGCCAUCAAAUGCGACAUCACCCGAGAGGAGGACGUCGUCAAGUACUUCAACUGGAUCACCAACAACAUUGGGCCAAUACAUAUCCUCAUCAACAACGCCUACUUGAUGAAACCUUCAAACCUCACAAAUGGAUCUACUGAUGAUUGGAGAAGAGUCUUUGAGGUGAAUGUGAUAGCCCUAAGCAUUUGUACAAGAGAAGCCGUCAAAAUCAUGAACGAACACAAAAUUAAUGGCCACAUUAUCCACAUGAACAGCACCUUAGGCCACUUCAUAUCUCCAGGCAAUGAAACCAAUUUGAACGUUUACCCAGCGUCAAAAUUUGCAGUCACAGCUUUGAGUGAAAGCCUCAGACACGAAUUGAGAAUGAUGAAAAGCAAAACCAAAAUAACUAGUAUUAGUCCUGGUUUUGUCAAAAUGGAGCAGGAUGAAAAUAAUGAGAAUCCUUCAUCUAAGCCUUGUUUGAGACCUGAUGAUGUGGCUGAAGCUAUAAUUUACGUCCUUAGUACUGGCCCAAAUGUUCAAGUGCAAGAAUUGAUACUCAGACCAGUGGGAGAAAGAUUUUAGAGGUUUGGAUAUAAAUAAAAGUCACAGUCAAUCAACAAUUUAAUAAAAUUAAGUACGUUGUAUGUAAAAAUAUUUAG